UCGGCUGGACCACGUCCCUCCGCCCCCACCACCCCGACCUACACCAACCGCCGCCGCCAGUAGACGUCGGUGACGUGCCCACCGCCCAGGAUGCACCACCGCCCCGCCGGCUGGGCUGCGCCGCAGGCAUAAGCCUCCGCUCCCCGCCAACUAUGCACUGUAGCCGCCAAACCCUAAGUCCACCGCCGCUGAGCUCCGCAGUCAUCCUCCUUCCGACCGGCGGCCGGUCGCAGAUCCGGCGAGUUCGCGGCCUGACUUCGCCCCGCGAGGAAAUGGUCGGCGACAGCACCCAAGGCUACCAGGUUCCUCCAGUGCCCCCCGCCGGCGGGCACCCUCCGGCGCCGCCGUUCGGCGGCCACUCCCCCGCGGCCGGAUUCCACCCUCCUCCGGUGCCCCCGUGCGACGGCCACCCGCCGGCGGGGCCGACCUUCGGCAACCCCCCGCCAUGGCCGGCGGGCUUCGCCACCAACCACCCGCAUACGGCGCCCUUCCUUUGGAACAUGCCGCAGGCGCCGUCCUUCGGCACCACCCAUCUGCAGCCGCCGCCCUACACCGGCUUGCAUCCUCACCUCACUCCAUUCGCGGGCCAGGAUCUGUGGUCCCCUGCAAUGGGAGUCCAUCUUCAUCCGGAGCCUCUGUACGGCGGCUUCGAUCUGAACGCGUCUGCGUCCGACGCAGCUCACAGCGGCGGUGGCCGCGUUCGGCGUGACCGUGCAAGCCGCGCCGGCCGUGUGCCCUCUUCACCCGAUGCGGCUUCCUCUCGGACACAGAGCCGUGCGCGCAAGGCCCUCAACAUUGCCGACUCAUCCAGCUUCGGGAAUGCCGACGACGACGGCACCACCGACAACGAGGAUGGUAGCGACGACGACACCGACAAUGAAUCCUCGGCUUCAAGUACAGCUGACAAUGCGGAUUUCCUCGGAGUUGGUGGAUCGGCUGCAGCUGCACAAGCUGCGGCUCACUUACAAACAGGUGCAGGGGAACCAAGUUGUGUGGUUCAGGGUGACACAGCAGAUUCAGGUGGUUCAGAUGCAGUGGAGGUAGCACUUGCUGAUUUGUUUGGCAGGGACCACGAAGUAAUUCCGGCUGUCAAGGCCGCACUUGCGCUACGGAGGAGGAAGAGGCAACUGCUGAAGAAGGCUAUUCUACUAGUGUAAUUGGAGCCCAUAGAUGGAACACAGAUCAAAGUCAUUGUGCGUGGGGAGAAGCAGGGGCCUUAUUUCAAUAGGAAGAGCGACAAGACUCAGAAUGUGCUGGCCAUAUGUGACUUUGACAGGAGGUUCACAUUUGUUGCUGCUGGGAUUCCUGGAUCGGCACAUGAUUGGGCUGUUCUAAGAGAGGCCAUGGAGAGGUACGGGGAGCACUUUCCACAUCCUCCUGCAGGCAAGUUUUACCUUGUGGACGCGGGGUGCCCAAACUGUCCCGGAUUUCUGGCAUCAAACCCUAUGGAAAGUCGGGCCUCGGCCUAGAGGUACAAAACAAUUUUUUAACAGAGCACAUUUGUCCCUUAGGUCGGUGAUAGAGCAGUCAUUUGGUAUGUUAAAGAUAAAGUGGCGCAUUUUGUUGGGACUCCCCCAUUAUUCUGAGCGCAAACUGACAAAAAUCAUAUUGGCUUGCUGUGGACUGUAUAACUUCAUUUGGAGAAUGAUAGUGAUGAUUUACACUACCAUAUGGAUGAGGAAGAGGAGGAAUGGGCAGUGGAUGAGGCAGAUUAGGAUGAUGCCGAGGAGACAGGUAAUGACGCGGCACGGAUGUCGACAUGAAUGAAAUUCGUGAUGAAAUAGCUAGAGGGUGCCGUUUGUCUUCACCUUCUAGAGCUGUGUAAUUGCACGGUUGUUAUAUUUGUGCUAUUCUUUUUAUUACCGCAAUAAGAACCUGUGUGAACAAUGUUGUGAUGAGCUGUUACUGUUGUUACUGAUGGUGCAUGUGAUAAUGUUGUAAUAAGUAAUUGCUGUAAUUUGUGAGUGUUAGUUGUUGUA